GGACACCUCCAGCACAACGCGGGUCCUUCGCCUGUCAAUCGCGCAUGCGCAUCAAACGUUGCUGCCGUAACCCUACAGCAGCCGCGGCGCACAUCUCCAAACCUGCGAUGUUUUCCCUCAUCUAAGCUCCAAUCUGCGCCGCAUUUACACAAGAUGAGGUGGCCUUGGUCCUGACUCUGUCCGGAUGUGGUGUGGAAGCCUGGGCUCAUGUGUCUUUAGUGGAUCCCUGACAUGCUGGCCUGUCUGCCGGCCUCUGCACACUCUGCCCCCCCUCUUCUGUGCCUGCAGAUGAACACUGGACCUCCGAGAUGGGAAACCACACAGAAGAUGAGAUCUCCGAGCUACCCCAGCCCUGCAGAGUUGGACGCAUAUGCUAAGAAAGUUGCCAAUAGCCCUCUGACCAUUCAAAUCUUCCCAAACAGUGUCAAAGUCCCUCAGAGGAAGCACGUCCGGCGCACGGUCAACGGCCUGGAUACAUCCUCUCAGCGCCACAGCCCAUACUCCUCUCAGCUGAGCGCAAGUGCAGGCCUGUUGGCUGUGCUCAGAGCUCCUGUCAAACAGCAGUCCACUACCCGCACCCGGACCACCCAGAAAGCAGCCAUGAACCUCCACAGUGGCCCCUAUGGCCCUCAGGGCACCCUGAACAGCACUCACAUGCAGGUACCUUCACAACAGCCUCCCCUCACACAUCCUAUGGGCCUACAACCGACCCCUCAGACCCUCCCUCAGACCUUGUCACAAACCGUGCAGCAUCCCUCUACCCUGCAGCACAGGGGCCUGUCCCACCCAGGGCCCCUGCAGCGGCAGCAGAGCCUGUCCCAGCUCCAGACAGGCCAGAGGCCAGCCUACCCUCAUGGGCUCCAGAGGCAACAGAGUGUGCCCCUGCCCCGGCAGUGUGCCCCCCCAAAUCAGCAAGCACCACAGCUGCACACACUCAGGCACCAUGGCACCGGUCCUCCCCACACGGCCCCCCAUAAUGUCCCUCACAACGUCCCCCACAACGUUUUAGUCGCCCCAUCCCAGGAGCUCCACCACAUGCACAACAUGGCACACCAAACUCUCCCUCAAACUAUGACCACUGUAAGACCAUCCACUCACCCUCCAGCAGGGCACCAGCCUGGAUCCCAUGGACCUCCCCAUCCAAGACCACAUGGACUACACCCAGGCCAAACUGCACCUCAACCACGGGGAUUACACCCAAGCCAAACAGUACCUCAACCAGGGGGACUACACCCAGGCCAAACUGCACCUCAACCGGGAGAACUACACCCAGGCCAAACUGCACCUCAACCAGGAGGACUACACCCAGGCCAAACUGUACCUCAACCAGGAGGACUACACCCAGGCCGAACUGCACCUCAACCAGGAGGACUACACCGAGGCCAAAACCCACCUCAAACAGGAGGACUACACCCAGGUCAAAACCCACCUCAACCAGGGGGAUUACAUUCAGGCCAAACAGCACCUCAACCAGGGGGUCUGCACCCAGGUCCUCUCGGAGGACCUCAACAGGUUUCCUCUAGAGGACCCCAACCUGGGGUGUCUGGAGGACUACAACCUUGCCCCUCAGGAGGUCCACAGCAGGGCCCCCCCAGAGCACCGCACCCAGACCCACCCGAGGGAACUCCUUUCGUAGGUGACACUACUCAGCAGCCUACCCCGGGUCACUAUGGGCCGCGUAAACUACCCGAUGCAGAUGCCCCUCCAAAUGUGACUGUGUCUACCUCUACCAUCCCACUGUCCAUGGCGGCAAGCCUGCACCAGAACCGCCCUGGGGACCUGAGCAGCAUCGUUCUGCAAAUAAACCAGCUGUGCCAGGCUCGUGCGGGCAUGGGUGGUACCUCUGUGUGCGAAGGCCAGAUUGCCAACCCCAGCCCCAUCAGCCGCAACCUGCUGAUCAAUGCCAGCUCCAGAGUGGCCCACCCUCCGGUCCCAGGUUCAGCCAACAGCUUCCAUGUGGGGGGAGGUCUGGACAAAGUCCCUGGUCACCCUACUGGGCCCUCUCUGCACGCUCCACACAAUAUGAACGUUCCUAAUGGGCUGCAGACCUUUCAUAAUGAGCCUGACAAAGCUCAGAGUCUCCUCCAGCGCUCCUGGGCCCAGCACCAGCUGGCCCACAUGCAGCAGCCUCCAGAGGGAGCUCAUCCCUGUAAGACCCCUCGCCUGGAGCCCCCUGCUGACUGUGGCUUUGGCCCUGCUCAAAACCUCACCUAUCCACACAAAGCAUCUGGCUCUGCCCAGUCCUUUCCACUCAAACACCAGGAGAAAACCCGCACCUCACCUCCUCGCUGCUCUGGGGGCUCGCUGCCUUACAUGGAGGCUCAGUACCUGCAGCAUCCCUGGGGCCCACCUCAAGAAGGCCCAGGUUUUCAGGGCCCCCGGCCAGGCCCCUCAGAUAGGUUUCCCGGGCAAAAGUACAAACCGGGGAAGGAGGAUCCUGGUGUUCAGCCAAAGCUCAUACCCAACCUGGAUUUCCUGCCAGGGAACUUCCAGAUGCCACGCUUUGGGGAACAGAGCUUGGACAUGCGGGGCCCUGGGCAGGAUCCCGGGCCUGGGGGGCCUCUGCACAGACAUCACCCCGGGUACAGAUAAAUGCAGACUACUCAGGUGUGCUCAGGGGAGUUUCUGAAAUCUGAGGCACUGAGCUGUACCUGUUCCACCAUCAUACUCUUUAUUUUCAUCAGAACAUGCCAUUCAUAUCUGCUCCAUUCAGCACAAAGUUUUGUCACUGAUCAUUUCCACAGAAGUGAGUGCACUAAAUAGGAGCAGGUUUAGCAUGUGGCCUUCCUCUGCUGACCGCCUCAGGAGCGCGGGGUACUAAUGUUGGCCUUUGUGUAAUCUCUGCUUUUUGACCCAUCGAGCCUCUGGUGUAGUCACUGUUGGAAUAUAACCCGUCUGUGGGUGCAUUGUUUCACUGUGUAAAACGUAGGGGAAAGGCAUAUUGAUCACUGCAUUGUCUGUCUUCAGAAAAAAGCCUUAAUCUGGAUUAUCCUGCUGAAAAACUACUUGAGAUUCCUGAUGAAACUUUAUAAUUAAUGACUGGGCUGCACAGUGUUUCUCUCUCAACUUUGAGAUUGAAGGUUCAACACCUGGACUCCUUAUGCCCCAUGUUACUGUGAGUCCUCUCCUCCUCCUCCCACCAAAGACUGCCUCAGGCUUAUAGGGAGACUAGAAAACACUUAAAAAUAGACAUUUUUGGCAACAGGUGAAUUUCACAGCAUCAGAACUGCAGUUUUUAUGCUUGAUUACCCUGACUGAGAAUGUCCAAAUACUGCGCUUUCUUUCCAGUACGAGGACUCGAGCAGGACUUGGCAUUAACAAGCUAACUGGUCAAAUAUUAAUACAAAAUUAAUAAUAAAAA